UUAAGCGAGGCUGGUUGUAAACGGAAACUAAGAGGGAGUUCAGCUGGAUAUAAAGGAAAGAGACGAGCUGAAGGCUUUCUGCGGUGCUCCGGUGUAGACAGAGUCACAGACAGACUCACAGACAGACACAUAGACAGACAGACAGGGACGGACAGACAGACAGACUCACAGACAGACAGAGAGACAGACAGACAGACUCACAGACAGACAGACAGACAGACUCCUGCUGCUUCCUCCGGUGUAACUGCGCCACCUAGUGGACUAACCGGUGGAGGACUUUCCUGAGGAACAGGACUCCGUGAGAUCUUCGUUCUCAACAGACUUUAUCACAGUGAUGUUUCAUGUAAUUGGUUGAAAGACACCUUUGAGCAAAGUUGGACAUUCUACAGACGUUCAGUUUGCUGCAUUUAAUACUUUCACUCAGUCUGCAGGAAAAUAGUGUAGAGAAAUGGUGUGUUUUUCAUUUAGUUGCUGGUUUUAGCAUUAUGAUUGUAUCACAAUGUCAGCGAGUGGGUCCAAACUGUUUCCUCUUUUAUCAACACAUGACCUCAAACUUGCCUGUGCUCAGUGUUGUGUCAAGGAGAAUGAAAUUACAUACACACUGAAACCAGUCAGCCACCAGUGUGCACAUGAUGUCCUGGUCUGCAGGGCCAGAGGUGGCAGCAAAUGGAGGCCUGUUUCUAGACGGCCCACAUUUCCAAACCCAAGUAAAUAUAUGACUUGUUGGUACUUUAACGAGGGCUUUGGUUGCACACAGCACAAGAACCGGUGCACAUUUGCCAGAAGUGAUGAGGAAGCUGCUGUGUGGACGUUUGAAAGGCAUCAGGGUUUGGACCACCUGCAUCUCCGUAGUCUAGUAGCUAAGUCUGAGAGAGGACCUGAUCAGCCAAACAAUGCUGAGCCUCAGGGAGACCUCUUAGCAUCUUUAGACUUGAAGGUUGUGUGUGAUCUGUGCUCUGUCAAGGACAGGGAAACUACAUACUCUGUUCAGUCAGCUGUACACAAAUGUGAAGGAAAUCUGCUGUUAGCUAAAGAUAAAACCUCUGACCAGUGGAGGCUGGUCGGUGAGCGGCCUGUGGCAAAUCAUAUGGGUCCAAAUGUACUUUACAAAGUGUGUAACUACUUUAUUGAGGGCUCUGGAUGUACACAACAUAUACAGGGUCAGGGAUGCACUUUUGCAAGAAGCCAUGAAGAGGCCGCCGUGUGGAACUAUCUUAGAGAGAAAAAAAUACAGAAAGACGACUUAGUGAGACUUGUGAGUGAGUCCAGUGCGAUGACGCCGGAACGUGCCGCUGAGAGCAUACUCCAGGAGUUUUCAGGUGAAUUCAUAGAGUUCUGUAAAGACUGCUUCCUUGAAUGUCCACAAAAACUGACAGUCAAGAGGUGGAAUGCCACUUGUGCAUCAGAUGCAGCUCACACCUGGAAUCCUGUCUUAGUUUAUCACCUAUCAGAGAACAGCAGAAAGCAUGUCUACCAGCAGGUGCGUCCUCUUCCCAAAAACUGUCAGUUUAAGUACUGCAGUCAUGUCAAGCAAGGCAAGCCCUGCUGGCACAACGCCGGGCACUGCCAGUCUGCCCAGAGCGAGGUGGAGAUGGCCGUGUGGAAGGCGGAGGACAGCGGGCUCUCCGUUCAGCCUCACCUGCUGCAGCUGAGCCGACAGAAGCAGACUCAUUCCAGACAGGUCACCAUGUACUGCAAAGUGUGCUGCCUGGCCCUGUCCUCCCCAGAGAGCUUCUACAAUCACUGCUCCUCCUUGGAGCACGCCCAUCUGCUGUCUGAAGACACCACCAUCAAGUGGAGAGGACGACAGCCUCCACACAACCGCCGUGCUGAGUUCUUGCUGUGUCCCAGACCACAAACUUGUGAGUAUGGCACCAAGUGUCCGAAAGCUCAUUCUGAGGAGGAACUGCAGGAGUGGAUGAUGCGAGCUGCAGAAGAGAAGGAGAUCAGAGAUAACAUUGAAGCCCAAGGCCUCAUGUGCUACAACGAAAGGCUCUUGGAGGAAUACAAAAACAGCAGUAAUGAAGUGUACAUAAUGUCGGAACAUGUUGACGACGUCAGAAUCUCUUGUGAUGAAGAUUUAAUCGUGGAGUCUGAAAACUUCAACACAGUACUGAAAUGGAACUUCGAAAUUGAGACAGAGAGGCAGCUGGAGCAUGUGGCACUGCUGAAGCAGGAACCAGGGGCAUCGUUCACUCUUGAUAACACCAGUUCUGUGCCCUGCAUCUACUCCUCUGGUGAACAUUUUUUCAGUAAAGACAUGACCUACGAAAUUACUGUGUCUUUCACAUCCGUCAACCCAGGCCUGUAUGAACAGUGGUUAGUGCUAGAUUUUGGCAUGAGACCAGUGCUCCUGAAGAAACUCAAAGUAAGAGUAGGCCAACUGUCACUUGAUGAAAAUGAACAACCAACUGUGAUCCCUGGAGCCACCUUUCAGAGUGCUGAGCGCUGGCACAGAGGGAACAGGGUUAUCAUCCCAGGUUCGUCCAGGACAGAAGAACAGGAGAAGCUGUUCAAGGAGUACAAGCCUCCACAGAUUAGCUUUCUGUAUAAGUCCUCCCACAACAGCCAGUCACCUCUGAGUAGUGAGAACUACAGAGAAAGAAUGCACCAGUUCCUGUACAAUGAGGAACGAGCAGAGGACCAGGUUGUUUCAAGACUAAACGUUUGUGGUGAAAUUACAACACUGGAUACACUGUACAGCCCACAGUCGGGCAUGAAGAAGGCUCCUCAUGGAGAGCUGUUCUGUGCUGUCUCCAUUCCUUGCAGUCUUACAGUAGACAGCCCUGAGGGACUGGUACUAAAACGAAGCAUUCAGUCGGCCCUGAUAGCCCCUUUGACCUCAAGUCAUCCAAACUCCAAAGUCUAUGAAGCCAGCAUUGUGCCACACAAAACAACUGAGAACAAGAUUUAUUUGCAACUGUCUAAACAAUGUUGCUCUGAUCUUGCACUCAAAAGCAAUGAAUCGCAUCAACUGGAAGUGCAGUUUCAGCUUGACCGUUACAGCUUCUGUGCCAUGCACAAGGCUGUGGACCUCCUCCCGGAUACAAGCAGAGUGCUACCAGACCUGCACAACUGUGGAGUUCCUGUCAGUAAAGGCACUUAUGAGAACCUGAACACAAAGCAACAGUCAGCAGUCGACUUUAUCACAGGGAAUUCUGAUGUCAAAAUGUGUGUGGCACCACUCCUCAUUUAUGGACCAUUUGGAACUGGGAAAACAUUCACCCUUGCUACAGCAGCCAGAGAGCUUUGCAAGCAUCCUCUCAACAAAGUGCUAAUUUGCACCCAUACCAACAGUUCGGCAGAUCUGUAUGUCAGAAAUCACUUCCAUCCUUUUGUGGGCAAAAACAAAGAUAAAAUGAGGCCAAUUCGAAUAAAAGCAAACAAACAUGGGAGUGCUUUGUUGGCCACAGAUGAGAUUACUUUAAAAUACUGUUUUCUUUCAGAAGAUAGACAGUAUUUUUUGCCACCUACAAAAGCUGCCCUAGAUCGUCACAACAUAGUCGUAACUACCACAGCAAUGGCAAAACAUUUCCAUGACCGAAAGCUUGGAGAGGGAUACUUCACACACAUUCUAAUCGAUGAAGCCUCUCAGAUGCUAGAAUGUGAAGCUCUGAUGGCCCUUGCUCUUGCUGGGCCAAACACCAGAGUUGUUUUAGCUGGAGAUCACAUGCAAAUGGGGCCCAAGCUUUUCUCAGUGGAUGAUCACCAGCGUUCAGAUCACACACUCCUGACUCGCUUGUUCCACUACUACCAAGGCCAGAAGUGUGACGCUGCCCAGAAAAGCAGAAUCAUUUUCAGUGAAAACUACCGCUCAACCAGAGAAAUUGUGGAGUUUGUGUCCACUCAUUUCUACACUGGAAAAAAUGAUGUCAUCAAAGUUGCUGCAGAUAUUUCAGCUCCUGCAAAUGGCCAUGCCCUAAAGUUUCACCAUGUUAGGGGAGAGUGCCUCUUGGACACUAUAUCCAAGUCUUGGUAUAACAUGCACGAGGUUGACAAAGUGGUUGAAGCAGUGACAGACAUUCUGAAACACUGGCCAUCAACGUGGGGGCCCGAGGACCAAACCUCAAUCUGUGUCCUAUCAGAGGGAUCUCAGGUUUGGAAAAUUAGGACAGCGCUUUCAAAUAGAAAACUGGCUAAAGUCCAUGUUGAAAAUCUUUCAAAUGUGCAAGGCAAACAGUUCAGGGCCAUCAUAAUGACAGCUGUGCAUACACGUGACAGCCUAACAACAUCUCAACUGCAUGGUCUGGAGCUGUUCAAUGAUGCCCGUGUGUUAAACACUGCAAUGACGAGGGCUCAGUCUCAAGUGGUUGUAGUUGGAGAUGCUGCCGCCCUCUGUUGCUUUGGGAAGUGCUCAGGAAUAUGGAAAAGCUUCAUAGACCACUGCAUCAGCAACAGCAAUGUUGCACCACAACAUUUCACCAAAGAUUUCUUUGAAAAAGAUGUUGCGGAAACUGCAAGGUUCCACAAGUAUGAACAUGUGGAUGAGAGCAACAUUCUGUGCGAUGCAAUUCUUCAAGAGUUGAAAGAUGAAUAUCAACAGCUGGAAACUGAAUUUAGUUCAGAUGAAGACAGUUUGGAAUUGGUAGACUUGAAUCACUACAAGUCAAGAGCACCACUCCGUAUCACUGAUGACAUCCAUCUUUUGGAGUUAUGUGAAAAACAGCCAGAGGUUUACCAGCAAGGAAAGCUUAUUAGGGAGACAUAUAACAGGGGUUAUGUCAUUCCGGCUCAUAACCCUACCAAACAUAUAAAGAUUCAAGGAAGGUGGAACUUAGGCAAGGCCUUCACUGGAGAUGAAGUGGUCUUACAAACAGAAAAGGUAGCAAAAACAACAAAGGUGGUUGGCAUUACCAAGAAAGAUGAAUCAGCCCGUGAACUUGUGUGCCUACUUGAGGAAAAAGAUCACAGCAAACAAAGGCAAAAUGACCACAGCAGUUUUAUCACAAGGACAAUGAUGCCCAUUUUGAAAAGUGCACCCAAAAUAUGCAUACACAUCAGUAAAAAAAGACGCAACUUCAUUCCAGUAUGGGAGCGAAUUGAUGGGCGCUGGACAAUUGAAAGAUUUCAGCAUCUAAAUGAAAACAGAAACAGUGUGUUUGUAGUGCAAGUGAUUGGAUGGAAAGAGCAUUGUUUACUUCCCUUGGGGAAUGUCACACAUAUUUUUCCAAAAGUCGAAUCUCUGAAUGAUAUGCGUUGGCUACUGAAAGAAGAAUUUAGAGUUGCAGCUGCUACACGUGAAAACGAUGAAGGUUUCUUCUUAGCAAAUGAAGACAGUAAACCCAGACGGAAUGAACGAGAGGCAAUCACGUUCACUGUUGAUCCAGCAGGAGCAAAGGAUUUGGAUGAUGCCAUCAGUGUCAGGGAUAUUGGUGACCAUUAUGAGUUGGGGAUCCAUAUAGCAGAUGUGGCAAGUUUUGUGAGUCCAGGUUGUGAACUAGAUGAAUAUGUGAAAGAUCGUGGCACAUCAUACUACGCCAAAGGGGAACAACCUAUUCAUAUGUUCCCCGAACACCUGAGCACUGGACGCUUCAGUCUUCUGGAAGGUCAAGAUCGCAGAGUGGUCUCACUGAUGUUCAAAGUAGAAAAGAAAACAAACAGGAUCAUCAGCGAGCCCACAUUUCAGCUUUCUCUGAUCAAGUCUAACGUGCAGUUAUCAUAUGAAGAGGCAGAACAGAUCAUCUCUGAAAGAUAUAAAGAGAGCCCCAAAUUUGAUACAGUGAAGGACUGUGUCACAGUGGCUUACUGUUUUGCUAAAACUCAAAGGAUGAUUAGACUUGUGGAUUGGGCUUAUUCACCAUCUGAUGACAGGGUGCCUGGAAAACGCAAAGCCCAUCUGAUGAUUGAAGAGCUGAGCGUGUUAUUUAACAAACAUGCAUCUGAGACUUUGAUCAGCUCUGAAGAAACCAGGCGUUGCACACCCCUCCGCUGUCAGAGAAGACCAGAUCCGAACAAGGAAGAGGAAUUCAAGGAGAAAUUUGCACAAUUAAUACCAUUGUCUUUCCAUGUGAGGCACAGAUUUGACAAUGACAACCACAACCCAAGCUGCGAAAACUUCCACAUACUCACAGAAGUCUGGAAAGAUAUCCAGUCAGCUGCCAGAACAGAUGACACAGACAAAAUGGUUGACCUGAUUGCUGCAGAUGACAUCCACCCUCUGCUCCAGCCAGUCAUUGAUCAUUUCAAAAGGUGUUCCAGCAAAGCGUAUGCCAUCUGCUCACGCUCCUCUCCUGAAGCAGAGGUUGGACAUUAUUCUCUGCAGUUAACAUCUUACACACAAGCAUCUUCACCGAUACGGCGGUACAUGGACAUCAUCUUGCAGAGACUCUUGCACUCUGUCAUAUGUAAGAGGGAAGUCCAAUACACUCAGAGAGAUAUCAUCUCUUUGUGCAGCCAAUUUGAUGACCACCUCAAGAAUGCCAAGGAGUAUGAACAAAAGGCUGAGCAGAUCUCCUAUGCAGUGAGCAUGAAAAAACAAAGUGCUUCAAAGCUAGCCUUUGUUGUUCGUAUGGAUCCUGAGGGAGACGGCUUUGCAGUAUCCUUUCCUUUUAACAAGAACAUAUUUGCUAGGAGUUUAUCAGUAAUGUACAGCGAUUUACAGUUAGAUGACCAACCACUUUACGAUGAAGAAAAUCACAGCAUCACUCUUAAAUGGAAAAGGCGGAUCUACGCAGCUGACGCAAUGCAAAUCCACCAGGAGCUGAAAACAAAGCAAGACCGUGGUCCCUAUGUUGAGCUUCCACUGACAAUAUGGAAAGCUACUGUUGAGGCAAUUGACAAAGGAAAUUUGGAUCAUGCUAGAUCUCUCAUAAUGGAUGCUGACACCAAGCAAGUGGAAAAACAAACUAUUCUGCCACAGUCCUCAAACAUUCCUCAUUCUGAAACUAACGCAUGCAGUCCUGAGAAGCACAAGGUACCAGAGGUAGAAAGUGAGCAUUGGGUUGACAUCCACCUCCAGUUGCAGCAAGGAGACACCCUUCAGGUUCAAAUGACAUCAGAGAUGAAAAGAGGUCAUCAGAUUCCCACUGUUCAGUUGGUUCACAUUAAACCAAAGUUUGAGAUCUGUGUGGACCAUGUCCGCAACCCCACCACAUGCUUCACCAAAUCUGCACAUCAUCCAUCAAGGGAUUUUUAUAGAGACACCACAGAGUAUGUACGGAUCUGGAGGCCAUUGUGUGAGAUGGAGUCUGCUACCCAUGCAGUGACUGAAAGUGACAGCAUUGUCAUUGAGAACCUGGUGGUAAACUUUAAGCAAAAGCAGGAAGGAACACUAACAGGAGACUUCUUUUUACCUGUGGAAUGGAUCAAUCAAUGGGCCAUUAAAAUUGAACUUGCAAAGUGCUUACUGUGCAUACGAAAAAGAGGUCUGAAGUUGACUUCAGAUCUGGAGCAUUCAGCACCAGUGGACCCAAGAGUGUUCACAUGGGUUGCCCAUGGUGUCACAAACAAUGAAGAAAAACGAAAAAAUGAUGGAAGCAAAGUGGAGUUCUACAUCAAUCACCUGCCAAUGGAGACCAUAACCGACUGCAUUUUUCAGAAAAACACCCGUUUCACCGUUGAAAUAAUCCCAAAGCAACUUCCAGACAUCCGAACAGAAACUGCUGUUGCAAGCCUAAGAACGGCAUGUGAUAUUGUUCAGAUCAUAGCACUUGGAAAACACAUUCCAAAAGAGAUAGUACAAUGCAGUGUGCUAAAAUGGCAAAUCAUGAGAAAAGAGCUACCCAAUGGAAUCCCAAAGCUAAAUGACAGUCAGUACCUUGCUGUGGAGGCUGCUUUAAAUAAGACCUUCACACUAAUACAGGGGCCACCUGGAACUGGAAAGACAGUAGUUGGUGUGUACAUAGUGUACUGGUUUAUUGAGCUGAACGCUAAGAACCCAAGGAAGUUUGAUGACCCAAAGGACAAGGACAAAAAAGAAGUCAUUCUCUACUGUGGUCCAUCCAACAAGUCUGUUGAUGUUGUGGCAGAGUAUCUGAUGAGGUUCACUGACAGCCUGAGACCCCUGAGAGUCUACAGCCAACAAGUGGAGAUGCUUGAUUACCCUAUUCCAGACAGCAACCUUCAGUUUUCCCAAAGGACCCUCCGCCAAGAUCGUUCCAAACCAGAGCUCAGGAGCAUCACUCUGCAUCACCGCAUGCGAGAGCCUCCAAACCCUUGUGCAGAUAAAAUUAAAAACUUUGACGAACGCAUUCGACGCAGAGAGGAGUUGACUGCUCAGGAGGUGAAAGACUACACAGACCUUCUCAGAGAUGCUCGGGCACAUGAGCUCCAACAGCAUGACAUCAUACUGUGCACAUGUACACAGUCUUCCACCCCAAGCUUGACUAAGACAGUCAGAGCCCGUCAGAUCCUCAUUGAUGAAUGUGCGAUGGCCACUGAACCCCAGGCCCUGAUUCCAUUGGUCUGCAACAAACCAGAGAAGAUUGUUUUGAUUGGAGACCACAAACAGCUACAACCCAUUGUGACCAAUGUGCACGCAAAGAAGCUCGGGAUGACCAAGUCUCUGUUUGAACGCUACUAUGCAAUCCAUGAGAAAAGGGCAGUAAUGCUAAAUACCCAAUACAGAAUGCAUGAGGACAUAUGUGAGUUCCCAUCAGAAGAAUUUUAUGGAGGAAAGCUGAAAACUGGGGUGAAGCAGCCGAGCAGUGUCCUGCGUGUUGACAACAAGGUGAUGCCAAUUGUUUUUGGGCAUGUCAAAGGAGAGACCGUCCAUCUGGUUGUCAAGACAGCCAAGGGCAACACCAACUCCAGAGCAAAUCGGCAAGAGAGAGACAAAGUGACUCAGAUUGCUAAAAUGCUGGUGGAGAAGGCCAAAGUGGACAAGAAAAGCAUUGUGAUUCUGUCACCCUACAACGCCCAAGUAUCAGAAAUCAGAGAUGAGCUGAAGCAGACAAACUUGGAUGGAAUCACAGUUACCACAAUCACAAAAAGCCAAGGAAGUGAAUGGCGUUACGUCAUUAUUUCUACAGUGUGCUCCCUUCCAAGCAAAGAGAUAGUGAGUGAACCAGAUAGAGCAUGGUUGUCCAAACAUCUGGGCUUUGUAGGAGAUCCCCACCAGAUCAAUGUGGCAAUCACCAGGGCCAAGGAGGGACUGUGCAUUAUAGGGAACCAAAAGUUGCUCAGGUGCAAUCGAACAUGGGAACAUCUCCUGAACCACUACAGUCGUCACGGUGCAGUGGCAAAGGCAGACAAGAUCUCAGUUCCCUGAGACAGUAGCUGAUCCCCUCCAUCUUUGCUUCAAGCAGCACAUCAGGGCCUGAAGUAACAGCACAAUUUCUUGAAAUAUGUAUGUGGUUUUUUUUGUUGUUUUUUUUCAUAGUAUAUUUUCCAGUGGGGCUGCACAGUGGUUUAGUGGUUAGCACUGUUGCCUUGCAGCUAGAAGAUCCCCGGUUCCGGUCCUGAGUCUCUCUCUGUAUGGAGUUUGCAUGUUCUCCCUGUUCAUGUGUGGGUUUUCUCCGGCCUCCUCCCACAGUCCAUAGACAUGCUGAGGUUAACUGGUGAUUCUAAAUAGCCCUGUGAUAGACUGUUACCUGUCCAGGUGUCCCCUACCUUCACCCUCAGUCAGCUGGGACAGACUCCAAGCCCCCCAUGACCCUGAUGAGGACUAUGCAGUGUAUAGAUAAUGGAUGGAUGGAUGGAUGUCUUCCAGUUUUAUAGCAGAUUUGUUUUGUGAGUUUGUAUUUGACAACAUUGUUUUUGUGCUCUGAUGUGCAUGCACUCUUCUCCUUAAACUGUAUAUGGUUUCAUGUGUAUCACACAAUCCUAGUCUUAACUUUGGGCAGCUGACAAAAGACAUAGUUCAGCUCUUGUUAUUUGGGUUGUUUUAAUUAAUUUUUUGACCUAGAAAUACUACUGUAUGAAAUUGUCUCCAGUGAGCCAUUUAUUCCUGUUUUUAAAUGAAGGCAGCUGAUCCAGUCAUUGUUUUUGUGUGAAUGAUCUUAUGUAAUAUUGUUUUUGGUAACUUCUAAUAUUGUUUGUUUGGGGAUUAUCUUUGUUUGGAAUUUUUGUAUUCAGGGAAAUUUUAAUUAUUUGUUUCAUUCUUUGCCUUUCUACAUUCACUGACUUUUAGUACAUGUAUAUAAAUGUAUGAAAACAUUAAAAAUGAUUUAUUAAUGCUUUCA